AGCUGAGAGAUCCGGUCGCCAUGGAGUACAUCAGGCUGCCCAAGGUGGAAAAUGUCCGCUUAAUUGAUGGAACAUCUUCCAAAAGGGCGGCAUUAGGAACCCUUUAUCUAACAGCUACUCACGUCAUCUUUGUGGAAAAUGAAUCUGACACUCGUAAAGAGACAUGGGUUCUUCACAGUCAAAUCUCCUCUAUUGAGAAGCAAGCUACAACUGCUACUGGUUGCCCUUUGCUGAUUCGCUGCAAGAACUUCCAAAACAUUCAGUUUAUCAUGCCUCAAGAAAGGGACUGUCAUGAUGUUUACAUAUCUCUAGUACGUCUGGCACGCCCAGUGAAAUACGAAGAAUUGUACUGUUUUUCCUUCAACCCAAAAUUAAAUAAAGAAGAGCGAGAACAAGGCUGGGAGCUGAUCAGCCUAAAAGAAGAAUAUCAUCGGAUGGGUGUCCCAAAUAAUUAUUGGCAGAUCAGUGAUGUCAACAGAGAUUACCGAGUGUGUGACUCAUACCCCACAGAAGUGUAUGUGCCCAAAUCUGCCACUGCCCAUAUCAUUGUGGGAAGCUCUAAAUUCCGGAGCAGGAGGCGUUUCCCCGCACUUUCCUACUUCUACAAGAACAAUAAUGCUUCCAUAUGCAGGAGCAGCCAGCCUCUGUCAGGUUUCAGCGCUCGAUGCCUUGAGGAUGAGCAGAUGCUGCAGUCCAUCAGGAAGGCCAAUCCAGGAAGUGAUUUCAUAUAUGUUGUCGAUACACGACCCAAACUCAACGCAAUGGCAAACAGAGCAGCCGGGAAGGGCUACGAGAAUGAAGACAAUUACUCCAACAUCAAGUUUCAGUUCAUUGGCAUUGAGAAUAUCCACGUCAUGAGGAGCAGUCUCCAGAAAAUGCUGGAAGUCUGUGAGCUGAGAUCUCCUUCAAUGAAUGACUUCCUCUGGGGGCUGGAGAAUUCAGGUUGGCUAAAGCACAUCAAAGCCAUCAUGGAUGCUGGCAUCUUUAUUGCAAAGGCUGUCGCUGAAGAAGGAGUGAGUGUUCUUGUUCACUGCUCUGAUGGUUGGGACCGGACCUCCCAGGUUUGCUCUGUGGCAAGCCUUUUGCUUGAUCCAUAUUAUAGAACUAUGAAGGGAUUUAUGGUAUUAAUUGAUAAGGAUUGGGUUUCAUUUGGUCAUAAGUUUAACCACAGGUAUGGCAAUUUAGACGGCGAUCCAAAAGAGAUCUCUCCAGUUAUUGACCAGUUCAUUGAGUGUGUGUGGCAACUGAUGGAACAAUUUCCUUGUGCCUUUGAGUUCAACGAAAGCUUCCUAAUCCACCUACAGCAUCACAUCUAUUCCUGCCAAUUUGGGAAUUUUCUCUGCAACAAUCAGAAGGAGAGGCGAGAGCUGAAGAUUCAAGAACGGACAUACUCGCUUUGGGCUCAUUUGUGGAAGAAUCGUGCUGACUAUGUGAAUCCUCUGUAUAGAGAAGACCAUAACAGGACCUUAAAUCCUCAGUCGGCUCCUUGGCAUUUUGUUUAUAAGUUCUGGAGUGGAAUGUACAACCGUUUUGAAAAAGGUCUCCAUCCUCGGCAGUCUGUGACAGAAUACCUUAUGGCAGUAAAAGAAGAAACACAGCAAUUAGAAGAAGAACUGGUAGUCCUAGAAGAGCGAUUGGCAAAGAUUACAAAAGUGCGAUUAAAUAACGGUCGGAUGACACAGCAGCAAAAUGGAAUCAACGAGUUACAGCUUUCUACCUCUAACGACAGCAUAGCGAACACCCCCCAGGAUUAUAUUGGUAAUCUGAAGUCAUUUCCCUCUCGGAGUCCUUCUCAGGGAGACGAAGAUUCAGCCCUGAUUCUUACACAAGAUAACCUGAAAAGCUCGGAUCCAGAUCUUUCAGCCAAUAGCGAUCAGGAAUCAGGUGUGGAGGAUAUGAGCUGUCGAUCCCCGAGUGGAGGAGGUUGUUUGCCCAGUGAGGAAAGUGCCAAAGAUCGUGAUUCAGAUGAAGCUGUUUGUCUCACUGUCUGAAACAGCAGGUGGCCAGCGGGUGAUAAGACUGUCUAUUUUAGAAAAAAAAAG